AUGGCAAGUUAUAACACACCAUUUGGAGCAGAAUUACUAAGUAACACUACCAAAGUCUCCCAACUGUCAGAUAUCAAUAAGCAACCUACACUCGAUCACCCUUCACUCAAGAAUCACAUUGUUCAGAGAAAACCAACAUCAUAUGCUGGGGAGAUUAACAAAUCAUCUGUAAAGGCAAGCCCUUCACCACUAGCGUCAACAAGGAAAUCAUGCCCUCAUGGAACAGUUCCUAUACAAAGAACUACAAAGGAUGAUUUACUAAAGGACAGAAAAAUUACAAAUGCAUUCAUCAAAGCCCACCGCAACAUUGAUAGUACGGAUCCACUCAAGCACGUCAACGCUGGAACGCCGAACUUAAACCGACAUGUCAUUGUUCGCGCAGUACAAGCUGAAUAUCAUGGUAUUUCGGGCAUCAAUUCCAUUUACAACAUAAAUGUGACAGGAGACAAAUAUAGCUUUAACGCCAUGUAUGUCAGCAAUGUUUAUAAUAGUGAACUUAAUCUGGCGGUUACUGGGACAAUGGUCUCCACAGAGUUCAAUCAUGAUUCCAACCAUCAUCUAUUUGUGUUUUGGGGUUCUGAGAAGCAUGGUAAAUCGAGAGGAUGCUACAACACUUUAUGCGAAGGGUUUGUACAAGUGGACUCACGCAUUUCUCCAGGAUACGCUAUUACACCGGCGUCUGUCUAUAACGGAGACCCACUAGUAGAAGUAAAACUCAAGCUCUACGAAGAUCCAGCGUCUGGGAAUUGGUGGAUUGUGUUUGGCGAAGAUAAUAUUGCUGUGGGGUAUUAUCCAAAAGAUUUUGUCGAUGUGUAUGGAGCUGCAACAAUGGCAUGGGAAGGAUAUACCCAUUCUGGAUCAGAUGGAGUUACCCCCCCGUUGGGUAGUGGUCAUAGGCCAGAUCAUAUCCACAAUCAUGCGGCCUACUACAGAGACAUGCGUUUCAUAAAAGACAAUUUAGCAGAAGAAAUUCCCAGAGAUAAUGAAUUGACAACAUUUGUCGAGCCUAAUUGUCAUUCCAUUGAUGAUCUUCACUAUUCUGGGAGUCCAAAAUGGGGUUAUAUUUUCUUUUACGGUGGGCCAGGUGGUGAUUGUGUUGGUACUUAG